UGAGGUCCUCCAAAGGGUUUUGGGGUUUCUCGUUGUGUUUUGGGGUUCCUCAAUGGGUUUUGAGAUGCUCCAAAGGGUUUUGGGAUUUGGGGGUUCUCCAAAGUGUUUGUGGUUCCCCCAAUGAGUUUUGGGUUCCCCGAAGGCUUUUGGUGUCUCCUCAACGCGUUCAUGGUUUCCCCAAUGGGUUCCGGGUUCCCCCCCGCCUUUUUGGGGUUCCCGUCCCUUUUGGGGUUCCCGCAGUUGAUGCGCACGGCGGCGCUGGACCCACGCCGCAAUUUCCUCUUUGCCUUCCACCCCCACGGGGUUUUGGCCGCCGGAGCCUUCGCCAAUUUCUGCACCGAAGCCACGGGAUUUGGGGUUUUGUUCCCUGGGCUCCGGCCCCACCUCCUCACCCUGCCCUGCUGGUUCCGACUGCCCCUGUGGCGCGAAUACGUCAUGUGUGGAGGUCUGGUCUCCUCGGAGCGUAGCAGCCUGGAGUUCCUGCUGAGCCGCCCCGGGGGGGGGCACGUGGCCGUCAUCGCCGUCGGGGGCCCCCCCGAAUCGCUGGACGCCCACCCUGGGGGGCUGCGCCUGCAGCUUCUGGGGCGCAAAGGCUUCGUCCGCAUCGCGCUGCAGCACGGGUACGGGGCCCCCACCCCAUAACCGCCUGUUAUCC